AAAUACACGGGCUAUGGGCUGUUGGACUUUGAAGCCCAGCAACUUUCGUCACGUGACCUUCACGUACCUCACGCGAGCUUCUCAUUUUCUCCACGCCGCCGCCCGCCGCCCGCCGCGUUCCCCUCUUGCGCUGCUGCGUUGCUCGCCCUAGGCUACUACUUCGUCUACCUAGAAUUGGCGGCAGUGCUCUUCGUCCUCGAUCCUCCCUCUCCCGAAUCUCACCUCCACCUCCCAGUCCAGCUCCUCACCGUGGUCUGGUCGCCCCCCUCCCAGAGCCGUCCGGGGUCACGUCCCAGCCGGCCAGUCGUCGACCCGCUUCGCUCCGGACUCGUCCCCGACCUUCGAUCCGGGUCCCUGGGUCGUGGGCGGCUGCUACUUAUCUACCUACCCAACCUUCGGAAUGGCCGAUCAAUGCAGAGUUUCCGCUGCUGCGAUUAUAGCUGCAUCCGAGGAGUGUUCGUACGUGUUCAACUUCAAGAUACAAGGAUACUCAAGAGCCAAGGAGCUAUUCAAGAACGGCGAGUGCGUCGCUUCUCCCCCUUUCAGUUUUGGAGGUUACAGUUGGGUUCUGAGGUACCGCCCGAACCGCCGCCUCGCAGGUCAGGUCAGUUACACGCAACUGGUUCUUGAUUCUGAUGAUGCCAAGUACGUGAAGGCGCAACCCAGGUUCAGCGUACUCGACAAGGAUGGGGUACCGGUGAAGCAACUCAGUGGUUUCAUCCAGCAAAGGAUCUUCCCCUUCCGAGGUGCAAGUUUGGGCCUCCUUAUGGACCAGGCGAGUUCGGGCCAAUCGGAACACCUAGUGGAUGACUGUUUGAGCAUCAGGUGCGAUCUUACCCUCAUCAAAGAUGUCUGCGGUGAAGAAACAGUGGGCGAUCAGUUUGUUGUGGUUCCCCCAAGUGACUUGCAUCGGCAUUUCGGCAACCUCCUUGAGAGCAUGGUCGGAGCAGACGUCACCUUUCAUGUUGGUGGGAAGAAGUUCUUGGCUCAUAGGUUCGUGCUCGCUGCGAGGUCAUCUGUAUUCGAGGCCGAGCUCCUCGGCGUCAUGAAGGAGAAUGUUGGCAGUCCGAUUGUCAUCCAUGAGAUGGAACCCGAUGUGUUCAAGUUCUUGCUCCAUUUCAUAUACACCGACUCGUUGCCGGUUCUUGAGUUUGCUACCGACCAAGGUGAAGCAGUGGUGAUGGCUGGCCAUCUGCUUGUGGCAGCAGACAGGUACAACGUUGAGAGGCUGAAGCUGAUAUGCGAACACAAGUUAUGCAGCCACAUUGAUGCCAACAUGGUGGCCACCAGUUUGGCUUUAGCUGAGCAGCAUAGCUGCCAUGGACUCAAGGAAGCUUGUCUACAGUUCCUUUCCUCUCCCUCCAAUCUGAAGGCCAUGAUGGCAAGUGAUGGCUAUGAGCAUCUGAAAACCAGUUGCCCCUCUGCCCUUAAGGACCUCAUUGUUAGGCUCCUGCCGGUUGAAAUGGAAGUGGCCAAGGAUAUUGUUUCUGCUGCUAUUGUAGCCGAAUCCGAGAAACGAUCGUUCGUGUUCAAGAUACAUGGAUACUCAAAACUGAAGGAGCUGCUCAAGAACGGCGAGUGCGUGGCUUCUCCCCAUUUCAGCGUUGAAGGUCACAACUGGUUCCUGAGGUUUUACCCGAACGGUUACCUGGAAUAUCAUGGUGCUUUCAUAUGCCUGCUUCUUGAUGCUGUUGAUGAUAAGUCGUAUGUGAAUGCGGAAGCCAGUGAUAUUUGUGUACUUGGCGACGAUGGUCUACCGAGUGAAGAAACAACCGGUAAUCAGUUUGUUCUUGUUCCUCCAAGUGACUUGCAUCGGCAUUUCGGCAACCUCCUAGAGAGCAUGGUCGGAGCAGACGUGACCUUCCAUGUCGGUGGGGAGAAGUUCUUGGCUCAUAAGUUCGUGCUCGCUGCUAGGUCGUCUGUAUUCAACGCGGAGCUCCUUGGCGCCAUGAAGGAGAGUGUCGGCACUCCGAUUGUGAUCCAUGAGAUGGAACCCGAUGUGUUUAAGUCUUUGCUCCAUUUCAUAUACACCGACUCACUGCCUGUUCUUGAGAUGGCUUGCAAUCAAGGUGAAGCACGGCCUGAUGUGGCCAUGGCUAGCCAUCUACUCGUGGCAGCAGAUAGGUACAAUGUUGAGAGGCUGAAAUUGAUAUGCGAACACAAGUUAUGCAGCCGCAUUGAUGCCAACAUGGUGGCAACCAGUUUGGUUUUAGCUCAGCAGCAUAACUGCAAUGGACUCAAGGAAGCUUGUCUACAAUUCCUCUCUUCUCCUUCCAAUUUGGAGGCGGUGGUGUUAACUGAUGGCUACGAGUAUCUAAAACUCAGCUGUCCAUCUGUCCUUAAGGAGCUCAUUGCUAGGCUUCUGCCGGUUGAAAUGAAAGCGGCCAAGGAUAUUGUCAUGGCAAUUUAGUAGUAUGGCUCAUAAUCAUCGUAUCUUAAUUAAUUUAGUAUAUGUGUAUUUUUCAACUUAGUUCUCUAUGUAUGGUUGCAGCAAAAAACUGCAAUCUAUGUUGGUUGCUAGCUCUGAAAUUUGCUGG